AUGUAUUGCCAGAAAUGCCGAACUCCUCUGAAGGUUGAUGGUUCUCUCGAGGAUUUGAACCCAGCGGCCUUCGACCUACUCAUAGGCUCGACCGGAAAGUCAUUACCUGACCCAUCCAGCAAAUCUACGUCACGCGCUGCGUUCCCUCCAGAUCGACAGCAACGUUACGAUCAAGUGUCAAGGCGAGCUACAUCCCCUGUUUAUAAAAGAACCGUGCCCGCACCCCGAUAUAGUACAGGAAACCCACUUGGACAGUCUCGAACAGGGCCGAAAGAUGGACCUGGCAUGUCGUUUGUCAUGCUAAGUGAGUCGCAAGUGGUGCCUGCGCAUACCGCUCCAACAGUGAACGGUGAUGUUCGGCGACCAUCAAAAGGAAGUCUACGGAACCUGUCUGAAGCACAAACAAUAGAGCAUGGGACCCAAACAUAUCCUGAUCAAAUUGACAAAACCACCCGUCUAUUCGAGAUCGUAUCUGCGCGUUCUGAUAUCGAUCACCCGAUCUGUACCGAAUGCACCGAGAUGCUCAUCGAAGGGCUUCAGAAAAGGCUACAGACCGCAACAAAGGAACGGGACGCAUAUGUCUCAUUUUUGAAAAAUUUAAAUAACUCCAUUCCAUCUCCAGAGGAAGUACAAGCUGCUGAAGAUGAUCUCAAAGCAACACUACAGGCCGAGGAAGAUGCCUUUCAGGAGCUUCUUGCCCUUGAGAAAGAAAAAGCUGCCGUUGACUUAGAGAUUGCUGAGUUAGAGGAGGAGUCUCGCAAGCUUGACCUAGAAGAAGAGCAAUUCUGGAGUGAUCGCAAUGCAUUUGCGUUGAAACUAUCCGACUUCCAGAAUGAACGCGAUGCUUUGAACAUGAAGUACGAUCAUGAUUCUCGGCAACUUGAACGCCUUCAGCGGACGAAUGUUUAUAAUGACACUUUCUGCAUCGGCCAUGAUGGGUAUUUUGGCACCAUUAAUGGACUACGUCUUGGUCGUCUCGCAAACCUGUCCGUUGAGUGGUCCGAAAUAAAUGCUGCCUGGGGUCAAACCCUUCUCCUGCUUGCUACUGUCGCCGACAAACUAGGCUUCCAAUUCCAAGGAUACAAAUUAAAACCUUUGGGCUCGACGUCAAGGAUCGAAAAGAUAGAAUAUCCCCAGCAGUCCCCGAAUGCUACUACGUCUCACCGAAGCCCUUCAAGUAAUCGUCCCGACACAACUCUCACACCAAAGAUUACAUCACUAGAUCUAUAUUCUUCGGGUGAUCUUCCCUUGCACCUCCCGUGGCUCCACCGUCGUUUCGAUGCCGGUAUGGUUGCAUUUCUUGAAUGCCUUCGCCAAUUAGGUGAGCACGUGGAGCACACACCCGUAUCGUUACCUUCCCGUUCCCCACCUCCUAGACUCUCCAGAUAUCAAUCCCCAGGAAUUUCUUCGCCAGCGACUCGUCUUCAAGCACAGAUUUCGGGCCUCAAACUGCCGUAUGAGAUCAAACGGGACAAAAUCGGAGAUGCGAGCAUUAAGCUUGGCUUCAACCAAAGUGACGAAACUUGGACCCGCGCUUGCAAGUAUACACUAACGUGCUGCAAGUUCUUGCUGGCACACGCGAGCAAUGUUACAAGCGCGGGAUCUGGUCCUCCUGUACCAGCUACAGCCGCGAUUGUGCCGAACCGUUGA